AUGGCCGCCCCCGAGGCGUUCGUCGCCCAGGGCAAGAAGAUCGUCGCGAUCGGGCGCAACUAUAGCGAGCACAUCAAGGAGCUCAGCAACGACGCACCCACCGAGCCCAUGUUCUUCCUCAAGCCCACCACCAGCUAUCUCCCCUCUGGCGGCAGCGUCGAGAUACCCCAGGGCGUCCUCGCCCACUACGAGGUCGAGCUCGGCCUCGUCGUCGGCAAGACCGGGCGCGACAUCGCACAAGCCGACGCCGACGCCCACAUCGCCGGAUACGCGCUCGCGGUCGACAUGACCGCGCGAAACAUGCAGGACGUCGUCAAGAAGAAGGGACACCCGUGGAGCGCCGCCAAGGGCUUUGACACUUUCACUCCUAUCAGCGCGUACGUGCCCAAGACCGCGCUCAAGGACCCGAACGACCUCACGCUCACGCUCAAGGUAAACGGCGUCACAAAGCAGAACGGCAACACGAACCAAAUGAUCUUCAAGAUCCCGCGCAUGGUCGAGCACAUCUCAUCCAUCAUGACCCUCGAGGCCGGCGACCUCAUCCUCACAGGCACGCCCUCGGGCGUCGGGCCUCUCGUCCCAGGCGACAAAGUCGAGUGCACCCUCUCCGACACCACCGGCCACACCCUCGCCACACUCACCUUCAACGCCAUCCAGCGCCAAGGCGGCUACCGCUUCGCGCCCGCGUCAAAAUAG